AUGGAAUGGUUUGAAUGUGACCAACUUGGUAGUGUGGACAGUGGUAACAUAGCCUACCACACAAAUGGGCUGGUAACCACGGCAACAUACUCUUGUAACACUGGCUACUUCGUGAGUGGAGCAACAAAUAUCACAUGCAUGCAAGAUGGCACUUGGGAUGAGGACCAAUCCAAGUGUGUUUGCAAUCCUCCAAAUUCCCCGGGGAAUGGUAAUUUAUGGGUAUCAGCUGAUGGCAUGUCUCUGAAGUAUUUCUGUGAUGAAGGUUUCAGUUUAGACGGAGCAGGCAUGAAUACAUGCCAAAAUGAUAGCACUGGAUGGCAAUAUUCCCACCCAACAUGUGUUGAAUGUCAAACAACUUAUAACCCUAUAAAUGGUGAGAGAGUUGUUUCAACAGAUGGUACGAUGACAUACUCUGUUAUUACAUGUCAGGCAGGGUACUCUCUUAAUAAUGAGAAUAACAUUGUCACCUGUAAUAGUGAUGGCACUUGGGAUCAAACUUCGAUUGAAUGUGUGCAAUGCCAAUCUUUAGCUUCUCCAGACAGUGGAAUUGUAAAUGUAUCAGCCAGUGGGUCAUAUAGCAUUGCACAGUACACAUGUGUGAGCGGGUAUACACUUAUAGGCCACACCCACAGAAACUGCUUAACCAAUGGAAGUUGGGAUGGAACUGCUCCCUCGUGUGUGUGCAACAUUCCAACUGCUCUAGCAAAUGGUGAAGUUUUUAGAUCAGAUGACUUUAUGAGAGCAACAUACAGCUGUGAUACAGGUUAUACUUUAAAUGGUGUAACUCAGAGGUCUUGUGGUAUUGAUGGCUCUGGAUGGAGUGACCAGAAACCUUCUUGUGUCUUAUGUGAAACAUUAAAUUCAGUAACAGGAGGUUCUAUGGAGCUAUGGAGUAAUGGUGAAUCUACCUUUGCCAAUAUUACAUGCAGUGCUGGGUUAAGCGUGGACGGGCAGUCAGAAUUACAAUGCCGUAGUGAUGGGACAUGGGAUUUUAAUACACCAUCAUGUGUACUUUGUGACAAUUUAUUGGCCAUAGAUGGUGGCUCAUACAGUUACAGUACAGAUGGAGAAACUACACAAGUAACAUAUGAAUGUGAUGAAGGUUACAGUUUAUCAGGUUCAUCUAGUGCAAUAUGCUCUUCUUUAGGAUCUUGGUCAAAGUCACAACCAAAAUGUGUUCAAUGUCCACUAGUGGUUGACCCAGACAGUGGUUCUGUUAGUAUCACAACAGAUGGUGUUGUAAGUACAGCUGUUUUUACCUGUGCAACAGGCUAUCAUGUUGUCGGAGAUGCCUUAAGUGCUUGCAUGGAUAAUGGUUCAUGGAACUCUACCACCCCAAUAUGCGUGUGUGAAACACCAUCAUCAAUUUCGCAUGGUUCAUUUACCAUAUCAACGGACCAAUCCAUAGCAACAUAUAGCUGUGAUGUAGGGUAUACACUUAAUGGUAAUAUUCAACGAUACUGUGCGGCUGAUGCAUCUGGUUGGAAUGGAACAACUCCACAAUGUGUAACCUGUGACACUUUGACAACACCAGCUAAUGGUUCCCUUGAUAUCACAACAGAUGGUGUUAUAACAUCUGUUACAGUAUCUUGUGAUGUAGGUUUUACUUCAGCAGGAGCAACAUCACUUUCCUGUCAGCCGGAUGGGACAUAUGACUAUAUAGUGCCUUCCUGUGUUGAGUGUCAGCCUUUACAAGAUCCAAGCAAUGGAAGUGUUUUGUUAUCAUCAAAUGCAGCACAAACAUUUGCAACAUUUACAUGUGAUGUUGGCUUUUCCAUGAAGGGAGAUGAGCAAUCUUAUUGCCUUGCUAAUGGCUCAUGGUCGUCUGAUGUACCAACAUGCCAAUUAUGUGAGAAGUUUCCAACGAUUUCAAGUAGUUCUUAUACCAUGACUUCUAAUGGAACUACUUCAUACGUUACUGUACAGUGUGCUGAUUAUUAUCAAAUGAUUGGAGAAGCUGAAGUGACAUGUUUACAGAGUGGAGCCUGGUCAGAUUCACCUUCUUGCCUAUGUGAAGAUCCUGUCACCCCAAUAAAUGGUGCUGUGAACUCGACCGGUAACUUAGCCACGUUUACAUGUGACUCAGGAUUUACUCUGGAUGGGACAACAUUUUCCAUUUGUAGACCAGAUGGCCAGGGAUGGCUUUUAGAAAGUCCAAAUUGUGUUCAGUGUGAUACAUUAAGCAGUCUAACGCAUGGUGAAGCUCUACUUUCUACUGAUGGGCAACAGUCAUUUAUAACAUACUCAUGUCCUAUUGGAUACUCGCUGGAUGGGGAUGUUACAAAUUAUUGUGAUUCUGAUGGUACAUGGACAUCAUCUGUGCCAACCUGUGUUGUUUGUGAGGAACUUUCUAACCCUGCCAGUGGGACAGUUCAGUUAACUACAGAUGAUACAGUAACCACUGCUGUAUAUACAUGUGCUACUGGAUACAAUCUGGUGGGUGGUGGAACUAGAACUUGUCUAAGCAAUGGUACAUGGACACUUACAGAACCUCAGUGUGACUGUAUUGAUCCUGACCCUCCAGCAAAUGGUGAAGUCAUUGUUACAAGUGAUAAGACAGUAGCCACUUAUUUCUGUGAUGUUGGAUAUACAUUAUAUGGUGAAAGAAAUAGAACAUGUCUGCUAGAUGGAACUGGCUGGUCUGGUGUACCACCAACUUGUAGUUUAUGUGAUACUGUAUCGCAUCCUAGUGGUGGUGCUGUCAGUUUAUCAACCAAUGGUGUGGUGACUGUUGCGUUGUUCUCAUGUUCUGCUGGGUAUACAAUGGAUGGAGGCUCAACUACAGUGUGCAGGGAUGAUGGGUCAUGGAACACUUCAGCACCUGUCUGUGUUCUCUGUGACAAUAUUAUCACACCACAAAAUGGUGCUUUCACGUCAGUCACAGAUGGAGAAACUUCAACUGUAAUUUUUACGUGCGAUGAGGGAUUCACUUUAAAAGGAACAAGUGAUUCAACUUGUGCUGUAUCAGGGAAAUAUGAUGCUUCUGAACCAACUUGCUCACAAUGUGACACCCUGAUUCCACCAGAAUCUGGUUCGAUGACAAGAUCGACAAAUGGUACUGUUACCAUGGUAACCUUUGACUGUAGUGCAGGAUAUCAUCUCCAUGGAGAUUCUAGUCUUAGUUGCGGCACAGACGGAACUUGGAAUGGGUUAGAGCCAGAGUGUCGAUGUGAUCUGCCUCCAUCUAUUACAAAUGGUUACUACAAUAUAAGUUCUAACGGAUCUAUCAUUACAUAUACAUGUCUGGAAGGGUUUACAAUGAAUGGAGAGAAAAAUCAAGUGUGCCAAAGCAAUGGACUUGGCUGGGAUUCAGUUCAGCCUUUAUGUGUUGAGUGUGGCAGUUUGAAUUCUCCUCAGAAUGGCUCUAUAGAGUUAUCAUCUGAUGGUUCCGUAACGUCUGCUGAGGUAUCCUGUGCUGUUGGAACUUCACUUGUUGGGGAGCCAAACAUUGAAUGCACGGAUACAGGCAUCUGGUCAGUGUCUGCCUUUACUUGUGAAACCUGUGAGGAUAUAUCAGCCCCAGAGAAUGGUAAUAUUGCCGUCAGCACAAAUGGUACAAUGUCUGUAGCAAAUUUCCAAUGCAAUACAGGUUAUACACUUUCUGGAAGCGAAGUUUCAACAUGUAACUUGGACGGAACAUGGUCCUCUUCUCCGCCAAAUUGUGUUCAAUGUCCUACAGUGGGUGACGUUGAUAACGGCGAUGUUUCGGUUAUGUCUGAUGGACUGUCAACAUCUGUUCUAUACACAUGUCAUUCUAACUACAUAAUAAAAGGAUCUGAAUUAUUGGUCUGUAGAUCAGAUGGAAGCUGGAAUGAUUCAGUACCAACAUGUGUUUGUGACCCACCACUUUCAUUGGUUGAUGGCAACUACACAAUUAGUGCCGAUGGUAUGACAUUGACAUAUACAUGUGAUGUGGGUUUUUCAAUGGUCAGCUCAAAUAUUCGAACAUGUGCCACAGACUCCUCUGGUUGGUCUGGAUCACCUCCUACAUGCAAUAAAUGUGAGGAUAUUUCAUCAAUUGCUGAUGGUGAUGUGAUGAUCACAACAAAUGGAAGUACUUCCUCUGUAACUUACACUUGUAACCUUGGUUACAGUGUCUCUGGUGAUUACUCUGCUACCUGUGAUGAUAAUGGACACUGGGAUAUCUCCGCGCCCUCAUGUUCCAUGCCACGAGGUCGUACACGCCGAAGGAUUCAACCUUCGAGAAGAGAAAUGGCCAUGCGACGCAGCGAGAGAGGACAGGCAGCUUCAGUACCUGAAAUUCCUCUAGGGGAGCGUCGUUUGCAGAGAAAUGCACGAGGGACCGUCGAAUGUCAACAAAAUUCAACUCCACGUCGUGCAGGUAGAGCAGUUGAUGAUUGUGGUAGCGCCCAGCCCCAGCAGAGUCAAGAGCACGUGCAGGAUAACCCGCGCGUCGAUGCCAGACAACCGAGGGGUCAGAAGCGCCAAGCCGACGAAUUGGACGACAUGGUGGAUGUCAGGCUUCUAGAGACUGAAGCGGGUAAGUCCAAUGUUAUCGACUUCGAGCGAAUUUUGAGUGCAUCGGGUAUUAUUUCAAAUAAAGAUUUUCCAACACGUGUAAAUAAUGAUCAUUUUCUGGGGUCCGACACAACCAGUAAUAAUGCAAAUGUUCAUUCUAGGCCGCUGACAAAUGUUUCACCAGCUAAUGUAUGCUCAGCACCGUCUGUUCGCCUAGCAGACGAUGACUUAGCGGCUCAUAUCCCUACAGUUCUCAAACAGCAAAUCUGUAGAGGCGAAAAAGUCGUACACCAGCUUUUCAACGUAAUUUUCGAGGAAGGGGGUCUCAGUCCCAUUCAAAAGGGAGAGGUUACAAUAGAGGGCAGUCAAACAAGUAAAUCGAUUAAUCAUUGUUGUACAUCAGAAAAACAGUCAAAUCCAGAUAUUCAUAAUAUUGCGAAAUCACCAAUUAAACUUUCGGCCAUGCAAUAUUAUUUACAAUUUUAUAAUAAAAUUGAAGCAGAGUUUUUAUAUGAUGGUUUUAAGAAUGGCUUUCCACUACAGUAUUCCGGUCCCCGUGUUGCACGUGAUUCCAAUAAUCUGCGUUCUACUCUGUUAAAUCCGGAAAUAAUUAACAGUCAAAUUAAUAAAGAAAUUAUAGCUGGCCGGGUAGCUGGACCAUUCAAUAAGCGUCCACUACCAAACUUAAUUGUAUCCCCGAUUGGUCUGGUCCCGAAGAAAACCCCCGGGGAGUUCAGAAUGAUUCAUCAUCUGUCAUAUCCGCCGGGCGAAUCAAUCAAUGAUUAUAUUGAUCCGGCCUUGUGCACGGUUCAAUACACCAGUUUCGAUCAGGCAAUCAAAAUGAUUCAAGAUCUAGGUCAGCACUGCAAACUAUUUAAAUCCGAUAUUAAAAGUGCUUACCGUCUGAUCCCUAUUAAACCUUCAGAUUUUGAGUUGCUUGGUUUUCGUUAUAAUGAUAAGUUUUAUUUCGAUAAGGCACUUCCGUUUGGAGCAUCUGUAAGCUGUAUAACCUUCGAAAGAUUUUCAAGAUUCUUGGAAUUUUGCAUUACAUUUAAUUUUGAAUCAGGCAAAUUAAUUCACUAUUUAGAUGAUUUUUUGGGAGGUGAUACGUCGAUGGACUCUUGCAAUAGGGCAUUACAAAUAUUUAGAGGAACAAUGUCGGAGUUAGGGGUACCCCUAGCCGAAGAUAAGACCGAGGGGCCCACGGAGAGCCUCGUUUUCCUCGGCCUCGAGUUAGAUUCAAGCAAAAUGGUUGUGAGGAUACCCACGACUAAAAUAACCGAGAUGUUUGGGUCCUGGGUGACUCGAUCCCGUUCUGGGCUGGACAGCGGGCAAAGAAUACAAGGAAAGCCUAAUUUGAGAUUGAAAGAUUUAACAAUAGCCUGGUGGGGUGUUCGAGGCCUACGUUGGCAGUCUUUCCGCCACUCUAUUGAAUCACAGGUGUUAUUUUCUUCACCUCCAUCCAUUAUUAUUGUUCAUUUAGGAGUAUGCUCAUCAUCAUUGUUCUUUGCAAAUGGAGUGGCACAGUCUAACGGUUCUGUUAUAUCAUACACAUGUGAUUCUGGCUAUUCUCUAAAUGGUGCAUCAGAAAGAGUAUGCCAAGAUAAUGGACUGGGCUGGAGUUUAAAUGAGCCAUCAUGUGUGCAAUGCGGAGUAAUAACUUCACCAACAAAUGGAUAUGUUAGCAUAACAUCUGAUGGAUCAACAAGUAGUGCCACAUUUUCAUGCCACUCAGACUAUUAUUUAGAUGGGUCUAGCUCAUCAGCUUGCAGUUCAUCUGGGGCAUGGAGUAAUCCAGUACCUAUUUGUAUAUGCAAAGUUCCUGCUUCAAUCAGUGAUGGUGAUGUCAGUGUAUCAGAUGACGGUAUGAUGGCUAUGUACACAUGCUCCCCAGGUUAUACAUUGUAUGGUUCAGCCAAUAUCACCUGUCAAAAUGACUAUACAGGCUGGUCAAAUAAUGAUACAACUUGUGUCAGUUGUGGCUCAGUUCCACCAGUAACAGAUGGAUUUGUUUCUAUGGAAACUGAUGGAGUCACAUCAACAGUUGAGUUUACAUGUGACUCUGGAUACAGUAUAAAGGGAGAUACUUCUGUCCAGUGUGGUAGUGAUGGAGUAUGGUUAUCUACAUUUCCAGAAUGUGUAAGCUGUGAAAAUAUAGCAGACAUUGCCAAUGGAACAACAACAACAAACACAGAUGGACAUACAACCAGUAAAACAUAUCAGUGUAAUCUAGGCUACAGUUUAAGUGGUCAGAGUGAGGUGACAUGCCAAGAGGAUGGAAGCUGGAGUUCAAACCAACCAGACUGUGUCACAUGUGAAGAGAUGAUGACACCAGCUAAUGGAUACAGGAACAAUUUUACAGACAAGUUAUUUUCAUACAUAGAGUUUUCAUGCAUCAGUGGCUAUCAUCUUGUAGGCAACUCUGUCAUCCAGUGCCAAACUGAUGGAAGUUGGAAUGGAUCUUUGCCAGCAUGUGUUUGUGAUUCACCAGCAACACCUGUGAAUGCAGCACUGUCAUUUUCUUCUGAUAGUACCAUUGUGACAUAUAGCUGUUCAGUAGGAUAUUCCCUGGAUGGAGAAAUAUCUAGAGAGUGUAGUUACACAGGGCAAGGGUGGUUGGGAACUGCACCAUCUUGUGUGAAAUGCAUUGAUGUAGACAAUAUUAUAGAUGGAGAUAGUUCUUCUUCAACUAAUGGUUCAACAUCACAGGUAGAUUUUACAUGUGUGACAGGUUUCACGUUACAUGGAGACAGUCAGAUAACUUGUAAUGAAAAUGGCGUUUGGAGCAAUAACGUUCCUACCUGUGUUUCUUGUGAAGAGAUCAGUGCACCUUCUAGUGGAAGUUUCGUCAUUUCCUCAAAUGGUACAGAAAGUACAGUAACCUAUAGUUGUGAUACAGGUUAUAUUCUUGUUGGAGAGGGAGUGAGAAGUUGUAAUUCUGGUGGUCAGUGGACGUCAAAUACACCUGAAUGUGUAUGUGCUGAUCCUACAAAUCUGGUUGAUGGUGAUGUAAUUAGUAAUGGUUACCUAGCAACAUACACAUGUGAUACUGGAUAUACCUUGUAUGGGGAAUAUAUCAGAGUGUGUAACAAUGACAGUACAGGAUGGAAUGGUACUGCUCCUACAUGUGUUACUUGUGAAUCAUUAAAUUCACCAUCAGGGGGUAAUGUUUCUAUGGAAACUAAUGGACUGAUAACCAGUGCUGAAAUCUCCUGUGAAACGGGAUACACCAUCAGUGGUACCAGAACAGUGAAAUGUCGCUCUGAUGGAACAUGGGAUUUUUCUACAGCUGUUUGUGUGUCCUGUGAGACAGUUUCAAGUCCUGACAAUGGCAUUGUAACUCUAAGCUCAAUGAACAGUGUAACAUAUGCUAAUUUUCAAUGUAGUGUUGGUUACACUUUGAAAGGUUUUCAACAGUUGUCAUGUAGAUCAUCUGGAAGUUGGGAUUUCUCUGAGCCAUCUUGUGUUCUGUGCGAGGCAUUAGAAAACAUGAACAGUGGCGAUAUGUCAGUAGGUACCAGUGGUACAGCUACAUAUGUGCAAUAUUCAUGUGCUGUGGGAUAUCAUUUAGUAGGUGAUGGUAAUAGAACUUGUGACACUGCUGGUAUUUGGUCAGGAUCAAAACCUGUUUGCAUUUGUGACCUCCUGGAUGUGCCUGGAAAUGGAUCUGCUGUAGUGUUAGCAGAAGGGGAUAGAGUUAUCUUCUCUUGUGAUGUUGGUUUUACUAUGGUUGGCAGUGCUACUCUCGUGUGUUAUACAGAUGGGACAGGAUGGAAUGGAACUGUACCUUCUUGUGUUCAAUGCAACACAUUCAGCAUUCCUGAUAAUGGAUCAGUGUCCUACGCCACCGACAAUGAAGUAACAGUUGUCAUUGUAACAUGUAACCUUGGCUCUUCUAUCAGUGGAACAGCAGAAAUAGCCUGUGGAAAUAAUGGAGAGUGGGAAAUUCAAGGCAGUGUUACAUGCGAGUCUUGUCCAACAUUGGGGCCUCUCACAAAUGGUACUCUCUCACUUGAGUCAAAUGGUACAUUGACUAGAGCAUUGUUUACCUGUGACCUUGGUACCUCUCUAUCUGGAGCAACUGAGUUGGAGUGUACAGAUGAAGGACUGUGGAGUGGAAAUAUUCCAGUCUGUGAAACAUGCCCACAAGUAAAUAUACCUAGUCUGUCAUAUGAAUCUAUACAGUACAGCAGUGAUGGUUAUACAACAUCAUUAACUGUGAACUGUCUCAAUGAAUAUCAUUCUUCUGGAAGUUCAUUGGUCAGUUGCAGUGGAGGAUCUUGGGAAAAUGCUCUUCCUGAAUGUGUCUGUGAUUCCAUGACUGAGCCACUGAAUGGUGCUUCAACACUUUCAAGUGAUUUGAUGGUCACCAGUUUUACAUGUGAUGUUGGGUAUACGAUGGUUGGAGAGAGCUUGUCAUAUUGCCUUACAGAUGGUACUGGGUGGAAUAGUUCUACACCAUCAUGUGUUCUGUGCGAGCAACUAUCUGAAAUUUCAUCAGGUUUUGUGAAUAUGUCAACUAGUGGCUCUGUAUCAACUGUAACCUAUACAUGUGGCCCAGGCUACACAUUGAGUGGUACAGUUGAAAGACAAUGUGGUACAGAUGGUCAAUGGAUUGGCUCAGAACCUAACUGUGUUUCAUGUUCAAAUUUGGUGGCUCCAUCUAGUGGUUCAGUAACCAUGACUACAGAUGGAACAAUCAGCUCUGCUAUAUAUACAUGUGAUGCUGGCUACAAAUUGAGUGGUGAUAGUGUACGAGAAUGUCUGACUAACAGCACAUGGUCGUCUGAACAACCUACUUGCUAUUGUUCAUUGCCUUUGGCUUCAUUGAAUGGCAAUGUUGCAUAUGGAAGUGAUGUCACAGUUGUUAAAUAUACAUGCAAUGCUGGAUACACGUUGCAAGGCUACUCAGAAGGAUUCUGUCAGGAAGAUGGUACAGGCUGGAAUACAUCUGUACCUGACUGUGUUGCCUGUUCAACACUAUCAUCCUCACCUGGUGCAUCAUUUAACAUAUCUACUGAUGGUGUAACAAGCUCUGCUGUGUACGAAUGUGGUGUAGGAUAUACUAUACAGGGUGAUACAAACCUUGAGUGUAGAGAUGAUGGUACCUGGAAUGUGCAGCCACCUUCUUGUGUAUCAUGUGAAACACUAGCAAUUACUGAUGGUAAAAGAAUAAAUUUUGAAACAGAUGGUUCUGUUACCAUAGCAACAGUCACAUGUGACACAGGUUAUACUAUAAUAGGGGCACAAACUUUGACCUGUAAAGCUGACGGGACAUGGAAUUUUGCAGCAGGAUCUUGCGUUAAAUGUCCCACACUUGAGGCACCAAACAGUGGAUAUAUUAAUAUAACUAGUGAUGGGUCAGUUACUAUAGCAAUGUUUGUAUGUGACCAGGGAUAUUAUAUAGAUGGAAGUUCUGAUAUGACAUGUGGCACAGAUGGGACUUGGAGUGCUGUCAUGCCAACAUGCAAAUGUGAACAACCAGACACCAUUGACAAUGGUCAAUUUAUGAUAUCUGGCAAUGGUUCUUCUGUUACAUAUACGUGUAAUGUUGGUUAUUCUAUGAAUGGCUCUAACACAAGAACAUGUGAUAAUAGUGGUGAUGGUUGGAGUGGAAGUUCGCCUCAAUGUUACAAAUGCAGUGAUUUGUCAGAACAAUAUAAUGGUACAGUUACCAUAGCAACUGAUGGUGACACAACAACAGCAACAUUUGCAUGUGACAGUGGGUACACAAUGUCUGGAAAUUCUGUCAUACAGUGUUUGGAAGAUGGUACAUGGGAAAUGGAACAACCUACUUGUACUGUAUGUGAAUCAGUAUCACUACCUUUAAAUGGAUCGUACCACUGGGUGACAGAUGGCAUAUCAUCAGAAGCUGUGUUUUCCUGUGAUGUUGGUUAUUCUUUAACUGGCAGUUCUUCUCUCUCCUGUUCAACAGAUGGAUCUGUUACAGGAUCAGCACCCACAUGUGUUUCCUGUCCAGCCUUAGAAUCUCCUAGCAAUGGUGAUGUUACCAUAGCAACAAAUGGUAGUUCAACAAUGGCAACAUACAUUUGUGAUGACAACUAUAGUCUUAUAGGAAGUGAACACUUGAUAUGCAUCAAUGGUUUAUGGAAUGACUCGCCAUCAUAUUGUGAAUGUACAGCAUUUUCAAAGCCAUCAGAUGGUAAUAUACUGGUAUCUGAAGAUGGGAAGUCAGCCACAUACUCUUGUGAUCCAGGUUUUACUAUAAGUGGAGACACAGAACAAAUAUGUGGAUCCCAGAGUACAGUUACAUCAUCAUCAACAGUCCCUACAUGCAAUGCUUGUGAUACCCUAGUUGCCUCAAAUGCUGUGUACAACUUCACUACUGAUGGAUCAACAACUACAGCUGUAUUUACAUGUGAUAUUGGCUAUACAAUGGUGGGGGAUGCCACCAGCUCAUGUCGCAGCGAUGGAACUUGGACGUCUGCAGUUCCAACAUGUGAAACAUGUGAGAGUUUAAGUCCACCAGGGGGAGGCACAAUCAAUUUAAAUUCAGAUGGUUCAAUGACAGAUGCUACAGUAUUGUGUGAUGCAGGAUAUACAUUGAAUGGUGUGGCUGAUAUAACCUGUAGAUCAGAUGGAACAUGGAACUUUGUAACUGCUUCUUGUGUAAAAUGUUCGGACAUUGAUACACCUUCUUCUGGCAAUGUGACAUUAACAACGGAUGGAAGUUUGACGACUGCCAUGUUUUAUUGUAACCAUGGUUACUACAUUAAUGGAGAAGUUAGUCUAACUUGUGGUGAUGAUGGAACAUGGAGUGCUGAUCCACCUUCUUGUGUAUGUGAACUUCCGGAUGCCAUACUGCACGGACAUUACGAGAUAUCAGAUGACAAUAUGAUGAUAACAUAUGAGUGUGAUAUGGGAUAUUCUAUGAAUGGUACAAAUACACGUGUGUGUGGCUCUGAUGGAACUGGGUGGAGUCUACAAACUCCCUCUUGCUAUCAAUGUGAAGAUUUAGCUGAGCAAUCAAAUGGCAGUAUAACUUUAAACAGUGAUGGUAUUUCAACAUUUGCAACAAUCACAUGUGACACAGGCUAUACUAUAUCUGGUUCUUCAGUUGCCCAAUGUCAACCGGACGGCACUUGGAACAUUGAACAAUCUUCAUGUGAAAUAUGUCCAGAGCUUGUACAACCUACAAAUGGAUCAUUUUCUAUAACAACUAAUGGGACAACAACAACAGCAUUGUAUAUAUGUGAUGUGGGAUUCACUUUAAGUGGGGUGGAGGAGGUCACAUGUUCAGCUGAUGGCACUUGGACUGACCAAUCACCUCAAUGCGUGAGUUGUCCAUUGUUUGGUGAUCUAGAAAAUGGUCAAGUUAGUGUAUCAACAAAUGGUAGUGUGACAGUAGCAUCAUUUAUAUGUGAUGAGGAUUAUAAUCUGAAUGGCAACAACAAGCUUGCCUGUACCACCACUGGAAUAUGGAAUGGACCAACUCCAGAAUGCGUAUGUUCAACAUUUACUCAACCAAAUGAUGGUGAUUUGGUAAUUUCUGAGAAUGGAACGAAAGCAUCAUAUUCAUGUGCAGCAGGUUUCACUCUGUCUGGAGAUGUACAACAAAUAUGUGGUGGACAAAGUAGCUCAGGAGGAACUUUAGAGGCACCAAUAUGCAAAAUGUGUGAUUCACUGUCAACUUCAUCAGGAGCAUCAUUUGAACUAUCAACUGACGGGGCUGAAACCGUGGCAACAUUUCAGUGUCCAGCUGGAUAUACUAUGGUCGGCAGUAGUAAUUUGACAUGUAGAACAGAUGGUUCAUGGGAUAUAUCACCACCAGAAUGCAAAAUUUGUCAAACAUUGCCUACUAUUGUUGGAGGAGAUAUUGUACUAACUACUGAUGGGGAACAAACUGAAGCAUUGUUUACAUGUGACCUGGGGUCAUCUAUAUCUGGUCAGAGCACUCUUAGUUGUAGAACAGAUGGAUCCUGGGACUUUACACAGCCAGAUUGCGUCAGUUGCCCAGUGCUGACAGAUCCAGCAAAUGGACGUGUAAAUCAAACAACAACGGGGCAAAUUACUGUUGCUAUGUACAGUUGUGUUGAUGGUUACUAUCUCCAUGGAAAUGAGAAUCUGACAUGUACAGAAAGUGGAGCAUGGGAUAAUCUUCCUCCAUCUUGCAUAUGUAACCCACCAGGAACGGUUGUUGAUGGAGCAUAUGUGAUUUCCGAAGAUGGGCAGAGUGUGAAUUACACAUGUGAUAUUGGUUAUACACAGAAUGGUACAAAAAUACGCACAUGUGAUAUCAAUGGUAACGGAUGGACUGGGGAGGCUCCAACAUGCUAUAAAUGUAAUGACUUGUCAGAACAUGUAAAUGGAACAGUCAGCACAGUAACUGACGGCACAGUGACUUCAGCUAUAUUCACAUGUGGUGUAGGGCUGACACUGUCUGGAACAGCCGUCUUACAAUGUCAGUCAGACGGAACUUGGGAUGUGGAUCAACCUUCUUGUGAGAAAUGUGAAGACAUAGUGACACCAAAUGAUGGCACAAUAAUAUUGACCUCUGAUGGGACAAUAACUCGGGCAGAAAUUACUUGUGAUGUAGGAUAUAGCAUUAGUGGAACUGUUGAAUUGAAUUGUGCAUCUGAUGGUACUUGGAGUGGGGAUAUACCAUCUUGUGUUUCAUGCCCACAUGUUGAGACACCAGAAAAUGGAGGUGUGACUGUAACAAGCAAUGGAAGUGUUACCAUAGCAACAUAUUCUUGUUCUAAAGACUACACUUUAUAUGGAGAUGCAGUACGGUCAUGUAUUUCUGGAAGUUGGGAAGAUGCAGCACCUACUUGUGUUUGUUCAACAUUCAUUGAACCAAGUGAUGGCAAUAUUGAGAUAUCAGAGAAUGGUACAAAAGCAACAUACACUUGUGAUGCAGGUUUCACUCUUUCUGGUGAAUUACAACAGACAUGUGUUGUUGUUACUGCUAUUGGAGAAAAAACAUUAUCACCCCCGUCUUGUGUUGCUUGUGAAAGUAUAACAGUUUCAUCUGGUGCAGAAUUUAAACUGUCAACUGAUGGUAGUGAAACCAUAGCAACCUUUCAAUGUCCUGCAGGAUAUACGAUGGUUGGGGCAAGUAAUCUUACUUGUCGCACUGAUGGAUCCUGGGAUACUUCUGCUCCUUCUUGUGAAACAUGUGACACUUUGGAAGUUGUUGCUGGAGGCAGUGUAUCAUUUAUCACUGAUGGAGAACAGACACAGGCCAUGUUUACAUGUGAUCAUGGAUCGUCAAUGUCCGGACCAUCUACUCUGACAUGUAGAACAGAUGGUACAUGGGAUAUUUCACAACCUAAUUGUGUUACAUGUCCUGCACUGUCUGAUCCUGUGAAUGGACAGGUGAAUGUUUCAACAAAUGGAGAAAUAUCAGUUGCUAAGUUCUCCUGUGUGAAUGACUAUUACGUGUUUGGAAAUGAGACAUUGACCUGUUUAGAAAGUGGCAAAUGGGACCAUGAUAUUCCUAUCUGUAGAUGUUUAGCACCACCAAAUCUACUUAAUGGUGCGUUAUUGAUGUCUGACGAUGGAGGUAGUGCUCAGUACACAUGUACUUCAGGGUUUAGUUUGAAUGGUGAUACUGUCCGAACUUGUCAGACAGAUGCAACAGGAUGGAGUGGGAGUCAACCUGUUUGUGUGCAAUGCCAAGCUAUUUCAACAGCUGCAAAUCUAGAUUAUAAUUUGAGCACUGAUGGUACAAGAACAUCGGCAGAAUUUACAUGCAAUACAGGAUCUUCAAUGAAGGGGGAUAACUUACUCUCUUGUUUACCUGAUGGGUCAUGGAGCAAUAAUUUCCCUACAUGUGUUUCAUGUCCAACAUUGACAACAGAUAGUGAUGGUUCCAUGUCUGGAACAACAAAUGGUACUGUGACUACCACACUAUUUGAGUGUAGUCUGGGCUCAACUCUGGUGGGUAGUUCUCAAGUUUUAUGCCAGACUGACGGCACAUGGUCGGACACCGAGCCAACUUGUGUACAAUGUCCAGCAUUAGAAGCUCCAGCUAAUGGAGAAGUGGCCUUGUCUGUAAAUGGGACUACAACAUCGGCAUCAUUUUCAUGCAAUGAUGGGUAUAGUGUAGCAAGCAACUCAAUAUUAUUCUGCACCACCUCUGGUGAAUGGGAUAACAGUGUGCCUGUUUGUGAGUGUGAUUCUUUUACCAAGCCAGCUAAUGGACAAAUUGUUGUUUCCCUGAACAAUUCUAUAUCCACGGUAACAUGUGAUGAAGGAUUUUCAUUAAAUGGGGAAACAACACAGUACUGUUCUUCAAAUACUGUUUCUUUAGAUGCUUCUGCAAACCCUACCUGUGUAUCAUGUGAGUCCCUAUCAACAGCACCAGGAUCUUCUGUACAACUGUCUACAGAUGGUGUGACAACAACUGCUACAUUUAGUUGUGAUACAGGUCAUGUGAUGAAUGGUGAAAGUGUUCUCACGUGUCGUAGUGAUGGAACCUGGAAUAUUCAGCCACCAAUAUGUUCUGUAUGUGAACCACUUGAUUCCCCAGCAGGGGGUGCUGUGUCAUUGACCUCUGAUGGCGAAAAUACAACUGCAGUGUACUCCUGUGUAACAGGCUUUACUCUUGUAGGACAGUCUGCACUUGUCUGUAAGUCUGACGGAUCUUGGGAUUUCAUUGAACCAUCAUGUGAAUGUGACCAUCCACCAUCAUUGGAUAAUGGAGCUGUUGAAAUAUCAAAUGACAAACUAACUGCUACUUACAGCUGUGGUAUUGGUUAUUCAUUAUCAGGUCCUGAUAUAAGACACUGUAGCACAGAUGGAUCAUGGUGGGACGGAACAGACCCUGUUUGUAGUAUGUAUAUAUUGUAA